UUUUCUUGUUCUCCGUCUUACAAACUCUCAGAUAAACACCUUUUACAUCAUUUACAUGAGAAGGGACGUGCCCUUGGCGAGGUAUAUAGGAGUAAACGCUUUGUUUCAGCAGCACACAGUAAACUUUGGCUUUGACACAUUACCACAUGGAAGGCUCGCGUUGAACUUCAACGUGGUAUCUUUGACAUCUGUCUCUAGAUUAUUGUACAAAUAAUUGUGGUGCAGACAACAACACAACUAUCCGUGUUAUGGGGCGGGAAUAUAUUCUACCGAAGUUCUCUCUGGCAGUCUGCACUGAUUGGUGAUAUCUGGAUAGUUGGACAACCUUCAACUAUCAAAACAUUGGAAUCACACCAAAAGGUAACCAAGCCAAUUUCCAACGCAUCGAACAAGAAACUAGGAACUGUCGUAUGGACAUGGAAAACCUAUGAUUGGAUUUCAGAAAUCCGGAGCGAUCCUAUUUUAAAUAUAAAUACAUUUUUUUUGGCAAAGCACUUUCACACCGUACUGUAUGAUAUCCACGUCGGAGUACGCUAUCGGCAGAUACAACAUUCCACAAUUCAAUAUGAGAACUUUAGACAGAAAAAAGCCCAAACUGGCGAAGAAGGAAAUAUUUCUACCAGACUUAGGAGAGGUGGCUCAUGCGGUCGAGCAAGACAGAGACAUCUUCACAAAUGAAAAGGAAAACCCCAGGAGGCGAACUAUAAUCAUAGAAAAACUACGCGGUUCAUUCGGCUUUGAAUUACAGACUUACGCUAUACAUCAUAGAGGCAGUAACGAAGUGGAGGUGUGCACGUAUGUCUGUGAUGUUCUGUCGGACGGGGCGGCAUACUUGGCAGGCAUGAGACCAGGUGACAUCAUUCUAUCUGUCAACGGCAUCAAUGUAGAAGGAGCAAAACAUCAUCAAAUUGUUGAACUCAUCAAAAUCUCGUCCAAUUCGUUAAGGCUAGUUGUUCUAUUUGAAGACUGUGUACGAAAGGUUGAACUCAACAAGAAGCUUGUGAAAUUAAAGCGGACACUUUACGACAAGAAGCUAGCCUGUCGAGCUCUCCAGGCCCAGGAGAAGCGAAUUCUUCACGGCAUGGACCGGUACGACAGAGGGCUCACUCCGUCCCACUCACAGGACAGUGGUAUCUGCUCUCCAUCAUCAUUGUUGUGUCCCAACCAGUCCUCCCUAAACUACAGCAGCAAAUCGCAGUCCAUGAGCUCGCUCAGCUCCGGUGGGUUUUCCCUCUCCAUGAUCCCCGGCAAUGAAAGCCUGGAGGAGAUCUCCAUCUUGGAUAUUUGAAAAAAAAGAGAACCGCUGCUCACGAUUGGCAGAGAGUGACUGUCACGUGACGUAUAACUGUCGUCAUCUUUGAUGUUCUUUUUGGAUACGAUGCAUAUGAUUGGACGAGGACUGUCAAGCGAGUGGAGAAGUGAAUACAACAGAGGUCUUGAUUGGUCGACGUGUGUCAACAAAAUGGCUGCCAAUAAUUAUUGUAUUGAAAAACAUUCAACACGUAGAAUGGAACAAGAGCUUUGUUUCAUACACCACUGUCAUAAAAAAGGUGAUUUGUUUAUGACCUAAAGAGAGCAAAAGAGGACCAGCAAUCAAGAGUAUAUUAUGAUCUUGAAAAAAACUAAAAAGUUUUAAAGGGUGUAUGUACUUUUUGUAGGACAAAAAACACAAUGUCCACAGAUUUACA